ACGUAAACGUCACACAUCUAAUAUUAAUUAUGUGUAACUGUCAAUCUAUAUAAUUCCAUGAAACUUUAUCUAAAAGUGAAAUAAUUACAAUAAGACAUCUCGGUAAGGUAUUGCCAUACGUGCAUACAAAUUAAUACGUCCACAAGCCACGUAGAUCAUAAAGGCGAAUUAGAAAGACAAAAUGCAAGAUGAACUUACUGGAUCAAUAAAUGAAUUGCGAUCAUCCAAGAAUGCAUCAGCAGUUUUCGCCAAUUUCGUCACUAGCGUCAUGCUACUACCACAUCCGUGGACUUGCCUAGCACAUAUUGGACUAAAAAUCGCAAUUGUUAUAUCGUACUUUAUUAUGCCAUAUGUAUUGGGAUAUAUUGUAGGAACAUAUCCAGACUAUGUAUUCACAUUUGAGCUGACAGCACUUAUGGCAUUCGCUGACUUUUGGAUUGUUAAAAACCACACAGCAAACAAUCUGGCCGGUAUCACGUGGUACACUGAUAAUACCAACGUUAAACAAGUGUUUGUACACAAAGCAACUAAGGAUGAAAUGUUUCUACAUAAAGAAGAAUCCAAUUUCUUCUGGACAGUAAUAUACAUCUGGCCGGUUCCUUGGGCGUGGAACCUUUUAUACAAACUGUCAAUUCUGGAUAUACCAAUGGUAACUCUAUCUGCAGUGAUACUGAUAUUCGCAUUGCUCAACCUAUUCAACUGUCUCAAGUGUUCACAAGAGAAACGGAGUCAAACAUCGCAAAUGGCCGGGCAACUGUCAAGCAAACUAUUCAGCCUAGCGGCUUGGUCAUACAGAAGUGCUGCCACCAUACCUCAGUGAGCAUUUUACGCUGAUAUCAACAUAACUAAAG